GCGUUGUCGGGCGUUUGGAGUGAAGAGGAAGCCACUCCAAAUCCGCGACGGUCGAUCCCGUUUUUCUCGAGUGUUUGUGUGUAUGUGGCGCUGACCGCUGGUCAGCAUCUUCCCCCGGAUCGUUUCAUCACCGUGUGCAUGUCCUUCGAUGGUCCUUCGUCCACGUAAAACCAUCUUUCGAGGGGCCGCCUUUCGAUGUUGCAACAUAAAAUUCCUUCGCCUUGUUGGCGAUAUGGGGGGGAUGUUGCCGCCGCCUCACGCACACGCUCUCAGCACCGUCGCCGUCCACACUUGUCGUCGUCGUCACCGCGCACACCGUUGCUGCGCUGGAAUGCAAGCGUGGGGAAGAAGAUGAAGAAGCAAAAACGUAACAUUCUUUUCACCCUUCCGGCGUAGUAAAAAAUACCAUCGCGGCACGGGACGCGCUCGCUCGGAGGCUUCUGUCGAUUAUCGAUCGGUCUUGGGGCACCCGCCGCGUGACCCCUCGGCCCCAAGUUUACGGAUGCAAAAGUGUCACCACCUUUCUGAAGGGGGCGCGAGGUGUAGAGCUAGCGGCAGUAUAAAUAUAAGAAGAAGCAACAGCACGCAGUGAUAAAAGGUGUAAAGGCGUAACUGAAGCUCACAGCAGCAGGCAUGUAAGCGAGUGCUCGCAUGAUUUCCACCACGCCGGAGACGCGUAACGUUGACGACAAAACAAAAGGGAACGCCAGCCCCCACGUAGUGAAACCCGAGUGUACGAAAGCGGCGAAAACACCAGAUGAUGGCAGCGACAGUGGUAUGACUCGGGGUAAACCACUAGCUCCCUAGCAUCCCCCGAAGUAUUACCAGCAGCUAGAGGUGCGGAAAUCACCCAACCAGCCAAUCUACGGUGAUCGUGUGAUUGAAUGCGCGUGUCCAUAAUCAAGUUGUUGGCAGUGUGUGCCACUGUGUUCCGCGAUGUCUGGCUCGAGUUUCCCUUUUAGAGCCUCAUAACCAUUUGUCGUGUUUGUUCUGAUAGUGACGAAAAGCAAGAAAAAAAAUGAAUCUCGCGUCAAUCAACUCGCAACAAUGCUAGCACACUCGCGGAACGUGUGAUUUUGUAGAACAACCCGCCAUCGGCCAGACGACGACAGUUGGUGCGUGUGUGUGUGUCUGUGGUUUGGAAUGUUUUGUGCCUUCGAACUCGUGGUUUAGUGCGCGUGUGGAAUCCACGGCUUGCCGCUUAAACGGAAGGAAAAAAACACACAGGAGCCAGAAGUGUUUGAGGCUGGUGGGACGAAGUAAGGAAUGCUUACAACACUACCAGUCGGUGAUUCAUAGCCGUGUUCCAUCGAAAACAAGGUACGACCGGCGAUGAUGAUACACACGGCAGCGACAGCAGCAGCACCGCCACCGCCACCACCACCACAAUCAGGAGCGAACGUUCCGUUCACCGUCAAUCGAACGAAACUCCGCAGAAAGCAGUCACCAAAAAGCAACAAUUCCACCGAGGUGUAAACAGCAACAACGGCAACAAUAAUCGCGUCAUCGUCAUCAACGAUUUGCGUGCAGUGUGCAGUCGAUGGCUUCUUAGAUUUCGCUGCAAAAGGAGACGACUGUGUUUGACCCCGUGACAGCAGCAGUGUGAUCCCGUUGCCGGUAGGACCUUUUCGAGGGGAGGCAUUUGCUUGUGACCCCAAACGAGUGUGUGCGACCCGCAUCGAACACAGACCGUCGCGGUGCGUCAUCGAAAUUCUUCACCUCUCGGGCGCGGGUCUGUGGGGGACCUUCGACUUCGCGCGUUGCGCAGGCUGAAGGUGAAGGUGCGACUUGGUAGCGAAAGACGAUCAUCGCGCUUAGGAACGAAACAUCACCAAAGCAACAAGAGGGCAGGUCGGUUUUUUCGUGGCCAACGUAGCAAGGGGAAAGUGACCAUUCGCCGUGAACGACUGUUCCAUCACCAACCGUUUUUGUGUGUCCGUGAGUGUGUGUGCUUUUUUUUGGAAUGUAAUUGCUGACCAUAGGGGAGCCCUUGAAAGAGCGGAGAUGAGCGCCAAGCUCUGGCAUCAUCGACGAUUAUUGGCCUGAGGCCUGGCUUGGUUGCUCGCUGAUCAUAUGUGAACCUUUCCACCGCAUCCUGAAACAGUGCCAUCGUGAAACGGUGAAACGACCGAGCUCGCGGCUUCGUGUCUUCAUAGCAACGGCUGUGCAUCCGGGGCACAGUGUGUGAUUAUUGGGCGCGUUGUGAUUUAGCGAGACCUGUUAUUUAGCGUGCACGUGAGGAGGUGAAUCUGCCACAGCGUGCAGUGCAUCAUCGUCUCUCCGUCCCGUCACUGCAGGGAGAAAUCCUCCAAGACAGGAAGAAGGUGAAACAUGAGCACGAGUGGCGGUAGCAAAAUGGGCGUGAAAUCGGACUCCGGAAAGGAUCAUUCGUCAUCGGGGGGCGGUAUGAGUGACGAUAACAAUAGUAACAGCACACCACUGAGCGACAUGGCUCAGGUGGCGAAUGGUGGUGGUAGCAGCAGCAACAACAGCAAUGUUGGAGGCGGUGGUAUGACCAACGGCGGUUCUGCUGCGUCCGGCCUAUCGCCGAUCGGCCACGGCGGAAACAACGGCAAUAAUGGUCCUCCGCCCGGUGGCCUGGUCACACAUCAUUACCAGCAGCCUCAUCCCGCGCACCUGCAUCAGCGACACCAUUUCCAUCAUCAUGAGCAGCAGCACCAGCAGCCCAAUGGUGGAUCAUCGAUCAUCGCAGCAGGCGACACGAGUGAAACGGGCAGCUUUUACGACCAAAAAACCGAUCUAAGUUCACCUGUCGGUACCGGUACGGCCGGGAUUAACCAUCACCUGGAGGAUCAGGAUGGUCUUGGGCCGCUGCCGCUUAAGUGGGAAAAAGCGUACACCGACAGUGGCGAGGUGUAUUUUAUCGAUCACAACACCGGUACAUCGCACUGGCUCGAUCCGCGGUUGUCCAAGUUUCAGAAAAAGUCCCUCGAAGACUGCCAGGACGAUGAGUUGCCGUACGGUUGGGAGAAGAUCUGUGAUCCACACUACGGUACCUAUUACAUCGAUCACGUGAACCGUAAAACGCAAUACGAAAACCCGGUACUGCAGGCAAAAAGAAUGCAGGAACAAGGAGGCAGUGGUGGUGCAGGUGGCGGCGGCAUAGGCACUAGUAGUGGUGGUCCCAUGCGGCCACUAGACAAUGGACCACCCGGGCUCGAUGCUCCCGGUAGCGGCGGCGUUGCUUCCGGUGUCAUCGGAAAUGGUGGUGUUGGCGGUGGUCGGGUGAAUCAUUUUACCAAAAACCCGGCCAUGCUGCGCGGUGAACGACUGAUGACCACGCUGGUCAAAUCAACGCGCGGUCUCGGUUUCACGAUCGUCGGUGGUGACGACAGUGUAGAGGAGUUUCUACAGAUCAAAUCAAUCGUCCCGAACGGUCCGGCCUGGCUCGAUGGGAGGCUCAAGAUGGGCGACGUGCUGGUGUACGUGAAUGAUAUCUGCGUGCUCGGGUUCACGCACCACGAGAUGGUCAACAUCUUUCAGUCGAUUAUGCCGGGCGAAGAGGUGCAUUUGGAUGUGUGCCGCGGUUAUCAGCUGCCGUUCGAUCCGAACGAUCCCAACACCGAGGUAGUGACGACGAUCGCCGUCGAUGGGCUCACGAAUGGUGGUGCGGUGACGGACAGUGAGCUGAAGUUUCUCGAAAACGGUGGCUUCCUCGAUCCGGCCGGUCGGUCCUCCGAUGUGCCGCACAAGAAUCCGCUGGCGAAAAUCCAAUCUCCUGGUGGUGUGGUUACCUCGAACGGUGGUGAUGUUUACUUUAACGAUACGCUCUCGUACCAGCAGCACUACAAAGGCAAGACGGUAGGGGGCGCAUUCGAGAUGCCCGAGCUGCUGCACAUCAACAUCGUGAAGAGUGACAAUGGUUUCGGCUUCACGAUCACCGACAGUUCGUACGGGCAGCGUGUCAAGAAGAUACUGGAUCGACAGUGCUGCAAGAAUCUACAGGAGGGCGAUGUACUGCUCAGCAUUAACUCGAUUUCGGUCAAAGAUAUGACCCAUAACGAGGUGGUGCAAGUGUUGAAGGAUUGUCCCAAAAAUAUCGAAACCACGCUGAAGGUUCAGCGUGGACCGGGCGGUCUGUUUGGUGGUGGUAGCGUAGCGGCAGCGAACGUGCACCCUCCGCCGGGCGGCAGCAGCAAGCUGACGAACAAGCUUAGGAAGGGCAUCGAACUGGCCAAGUUUGGUGGCAGCUCGUCCGGUGGUGGUCUGCUGAAGAAGGAAGGUGGCGGUCCGGGUGGAUCGCUCCUGGGGAAUGGAAGCUUGUUUCGCAGCAAAACACCAACCGCCGACCUGUACAGUACACAGACGAAGGAGAUCUUGCCAACGCGCCCGAAAACACCGCUCGUGGAUACGCGGGCGCGAGCGAAAACCCCGUCGUUGCCACUUGCCGAUCUCAAUGCGGAUGAAAUAGAGCUCGAUGGUGGAAAGCUGCAGGUUGCUACGGAGAACGGUGGAAGGUUAGAACUAAAUUUGAAAUCGAACGGCAGCUCUCACGAUACGGACUCAAUUGCGAACGAUAUUGGCAUGUACCAUCAGGCCGAUGAGCAGUAUCACCAUCAUACGCAUCUAAAGCAUUCGAAUCUCUCCGAUCGGCUAGGCGAACUGACGAUCAGCAGCUCGAACAACAGCGAAGCAGCGCUCUAUCACCAUCACCAGCCAGCGUUUCUGCAUCAGCAACAGCAGCAGCAGUUGCAGCAUUCCGCAGGAGCUGGAGGACCUUAUCAUAAUCCCAAUGGUGGCAAUAACAUGGGUGGCGUGGGCGGCUACAAUCAACUUUAUUCUCCUCCACUCGUACCACCACCACCGGUACCUCCUCUUUCGGCUGGUGGUCAGCCGCCAUAUCAUCAUGAGAACUGUUUUUGCUACGAAUGCCAGGACUAUCAACAACGGCAGCAGCAACAACAACAGCAACGGCAUCUCCAGCAGCUGCAUCACCAUCAGCAGCAACAGCAGCAGCACCUGAUGAAUCAACGACAUCAGCUUCCUCCGGGGAAUGCUUCGAUGCAUAAUGUCGGUUCUCCCUCGCCUCACUUGCAACAGCCACAUCAACAGCAGCAGCAGCAGCAGCAGCAACACAAUGCUCCUUACAAUCUGCCACCUCAGAUGAGCGACAACAUUGGUAAACGGUUGAACGAAUAUUUGAUGGAUCGAAAGCGUUCCCUGCAUCAGGGACCUCCCGGUGCUCAAAUUGGACCACCACCUCCGGUGCCGCAGUACGACAAUCUGCAUUAUCCUCAGCACAUGCCACCACCUCAUCACCAGUCACUUCAUCUUCUGCAUGGCCAUCAUCCAGCUCCAACACACGCUCUGUACGAUGCAAUGCCGCCCCAGCAACCGUCACCAUCCAGUCAACACCAUCAUCAUCAACCCUACUACGGCGGUGGCCCUGUUGGUGUUGGCAUGAACCAAUCAGGCAACGCCAACUGGAUGCUCGGACAGGGUCAGCAUCAGCAGUCACAGCUCUCUCCUUCGCAACAUCACUUCUACGCGGGAGGGGGAGGAGGCUAUCCCGGUGUAAACGCUGGGCUACCUCUCUCCUCACAGCAGCUCGACGAGUACACGCUAUCGGAGGUGACACUGGAACGGCAGGCGCUUGGUUUUGGGUUUCGCAUCGUUGGCGGCACAGAAGAGGGAUCCCAGGUGACGGUUGGUCACAUUGUUCCGGGUGGUGCGGCCGAUAAGGAUACGCGUAUCGCGACCGGUGAUGAGAUACUCAACAUCAACGGUGUCAAUGUGGAAAAUGCAUCCCAUCACCGCGUAGUGCAGCUGAUGGGUGAAGCUGGAUUGCGUGGCCAAGUGACGAUGAUAUUACGCCGCCGGCAGCUAUCGAAGCCACCAGCACCGCCACCGAAUCCGCGCUACCCGUAUACGGUGCUAGUGACGCGCAAGGAGAACGAGGGCUUUGGCUUCGUGAUCAUCUCGUCGUCGGGCCAAUUUCUGGGCUCCUCGAUCGGUGAUCUCAUACCGGGCAGCCCGGCGGAAAGGUGCGGUGAACUGAAGAUUGGCGAUCGGAUCAUUGCUGUCAACUCGAUCGACAUUACCGGCAUGAGCCAUAGCGAUGUGGUCAAUCUGAUCAAGGAAUCGGGUCUGCAGGUGAAACUAACGAUCGACAGUCCGCGCGACGGUAUCAUGCAUCCGGCGAUUGGAUCCCUCAUCCAACCGAGCGUACCGACGACAACGUCGGCCGCCGGUUCACCCCAAAACGGUGGGACCGUAGGCGGAGGUCCUCCACAGGUGCUUAGCUCGAACACGGAUCUGUACGUAAGUAGCAACAGUACGUCCGGCGGUAGCACCAACGGUCCAACGAUCAAUCGUUAUCCGGCGAUCAUCUCCUGAUUACGGAUACGACUCCAGCAGCAACUAGUGGAAAAUCCCCGCGGUGGAGGAGACGCUACAACCACUUGAAUGAUUAAGUGAACCAAUUUACCAAAGUUUUAGAGGAAACGGAAAAAUCUGCUAUAAUAGUGUAGGUUAACCUUCGCGUCCCAUCCCGUUGCCGUAUAAACACUUUCAGCAACUCCGACAGCUUGGCACGAUGAUGGCACCCGUUGUUGGCGGAAUCCCGUCCUCUUGCUCAAAUAGCCACCUCAACUUUAGAUUAAGCUAUGAAUAAGAUGCCGGUUAACAGUUCUCGUUGGUGCCCGAUUGUGGUGACAGUGGGCGGCAACGGAGGAAAGCCGCAUGAUUUGUCCCUGCUUUUUCCUGCUGGGACCAGCAAUGCUUUAUGUUCCUUCCUUUGGCCCUCUCUUGCUCUUUCUUGAUCUCUUCUACUGGCUGGGUGUGGUGGUUCACCGUUCUUCGUCUGCAUUCGUUACGAUGCUGUUCUCAGCAGCAGGUAACGCUCAACCACCACCGGUAGGCAACAUAUGAUUAUGAAGCUCCAUUGUAUCCAUUGCCCGUGGGAGAAUGUUUUGAAACAUUCCCACCUUUCGCCAGCCGCCAGCCAACUGGUUUGCCAAUGUUCUGCUGGAAUGGAAGCAAAGUUUUUAUUCUGCGGGACUGUAGCUCCGCAGAUUAAAAACACGAUCGCAAAUGAUAUCUCGCUCGCUCGCCCCGCGGGAAUGACAUUUGGGCAAUAAAAACGUUGCCGAGCAAUUUUUCGUCAUGCUUUAACGAUACCGUAGGGUGGGUCUAUAAUGUAACACGCUUACGGAUGAAUGUAUCUCAUGACAAACGGUAAUAAGCGAUGCAACCUCAUCACAAUCAUGUGCAUAUCAAUUUCUUGUUACAAACAGAACCACUUUCGAACGAGGUGUUGUCGGUUGGAAAAAUUAAAUUAUUGCUACCGGUACCACAACAUAUUCAAAUGCGCCACUUUACAAUCGUUCUCGUUUUCUUUUUGUCGUUUCUCGUUUUGGAUAGUGAACUGAAGAUGGUAGAACCAUCGCGAUGUACUGAUGCGAAAUCUGUGAAAACCAAGUAUGGUAGUGGUUUCUAUUGAAUCAAAUUGAAGGAAGACUUAAACAAAGAAACAAAACGUAAUCCAUCCUGUGAAACAAACAAUUCUUGCCUUACAUACCCACUUAUGAUUAGACGAUCACGCGAAGUUAACAAAAAGGUAGAAAACCAACAAGAGCACCGACGCCCUAGAUGACCACGCGUUGUGUAAGGAAGCAGUAGCCCAAGCCUCAAAUCGUCGUCCCAUUUUUCUUAGCUAAGCAUAUACAAUAACGUGAACGCGGGCAAAUCAUAUAGGAAAGUGCAGUUACGUACGGAGGCUUUGUUGGAGUUUAACCACGUACAGUUUAGCGGAGCGUGAUAAGAUAAUGAAAAGAACUAUAUAGACUAGAGACGGCGCAGCAAGCAGCGUUUUAUGUGUACUUAACAUUUCUUUUGUACUGCUAGUAGCUCAUUUUUUAGAACGAAUUUUACCAGAACCACCACCACGAUCAUCAUCCAAUCAUGUUUUGUGAGGACGUUUUACGUAAACAUAUACAAAACCAUAUAUACGCAUUUACUUAUCUAUCUAUAUACACUGUCACACCUACAUAGUUGGUGUGACAAUUUUGAACGAUCGCAUUUACACACGACAUAAAUACACACUCAAAUCCACAAACAUAAAUAUGUAGAUUAUUAGAUGCUCAUAAAGUUAAAUGUUCCCCCCAUAAAACUGUGUGCCAGUACAAACGCACCGGUAGAUAGUGAUGAAUGAAAGCAAUAAGUGUUGUGUAGAUAUAUCCUUAGGAUCACUGUUGUAUUGAAUGCAAACCUUACGAUCCAUGUUGUUUGUACGAUCGUUAUCUAACAAAUCCCCAUCCCGUGGCCUUCCUCUUAUUGUACAUCACAUUUAGGAACGAAUCAGUUAACACACUUGAGGACGUUCGGGGUGCAUAUGUCUGAGCACAUGAUGAUAUCAGAUGUCAGAAUCAAAACAAAGUGCCUCCCUGUUGUUUUAGAAUUAACAAAAAAAAAGCAGAAAAAGAAACAUUAUUCUACGUUUGUCCCUCGGCAUACUAGCGGAUAGGUAUAAUGCUUUUCCGCUAAAAAUGCGUUCUAAAAUCCGCUCGGUGAAGACUAGAAUACAAUUAAAUGGUGUAAUGUUGUGUUGUAGUGUACGUUUUAUUACGCAAUUUAAAUUUAAAACAAAAAGGGUAAGAUUUUGUGACCAUACCCUUAAGGUCGUUUGUGUUGGCAAUGUACAAAGUUAGGAAAACUAGAACGAGGGCGAUGUUUAUGUAAAUGUUUAUUAAUUAUUCGUUUGCUGUAUGGCUAUUACACGUAGGAGGAGCGAUGAUUAGGAUAAGCAAAAAGUGUAACAUUAUACAAAACAUAUAUACAUACUUAGAGAGAGAUAGAGAAGAUGAAGAUUGUUAACCAAUCUAUUGUUAAUGACACAAAACCUACCGGCACAGCGAUCGUGUUGGUACUGUGGUCAUUUCAGAGGCCCAGUAGGUUUUUGUUGCAAGGGUUUAAUAAUCGUACAAGCAAUAAUCUUCUUCCACACCAAAAGAAUGGCGCGAGGAAAGUGUAACGUAUUCUGUUGCAGUAUUUUCCGAGUAGUGGAAUCAAACAGUGUUUUAUAUACUACAUAUAUACAACAUAAAUAUGGUUACAUAUCUACUAAAAGUUACAAAAAUAGAAAGAGAAAAAGUAUAUGUGAAAACCAACCUCCCUCAAUAAAGCUAGUAGUUGAAUCUGAGCACUGUGUACGGAUGUUUAAAGAUGACCAUCAUGC